AGCAACGUGGCGGGCUCUUGUUUAAUUUCUUUCUCUAUGCAUAUAUGAGUGCUCGUAUUGAGGCCUAGAGUUUCUCACUAUAUAGUGAGAAACCAUGUGAGAAACUCUAGGUAUUGGGGCAUUGAUUGAGGGCCGGUUGGCCGAGGAGAGAAAUGGGAGAGCGGCCAUGAAGUGGCCGUGCAUAGCCACGCCAAGCUGCUUGCUGAAAGCCGGCCGGGCGUCGUCUGUUCGUUGCUAUAAACGUUGGUUCGUUGUGGGGUGGUUGUCAGGCUGUGCUGUGGUUUUGGCGCCUUUGGUGGUGUCUAAUGUUGCUCCUAUGUCCCGAGGAAAGCUGCGAAUGGUUGCUGACGUGUGUGGAGACUGCGGCGCUUCUGAGCCCCAGUGGGGGUCCCUGAGCCGAGGCCUGCUGCUCUGCGAUGAGUGCUGCAGUGUGCACCGCAGCCUCGGCCCCCACGUGUCCCGCGUCCGCCACCUCCACAGGGCGUCUUGGGCACCGGCACAGCUGAGUAUGGUGCACAGCCUGCACGCGAGUGGCGCCAACGCCAUUUGGGAGCACCAGCUGCUGGAGCCAGGCAAGGCAGCUGGACGACGCAAGCCCAGUGCCCGUGACAGCCUCCACCCAAUCAAGUCUGAGUUCAUCCGAGCCAAGCACCAGAACCUGGCAUUUGUGCAUCGGGUGGCCAAAGAAGGGGAACAGCCGACCCAGGAGGACCUCAGCAAGCAACUACAUGCAAGUGUGCGCACAGCCAACCUGGAGACCAGCCUGCGCCUACUUGCACAGGGGGCGCUACCUUCCCACCUGCACCCUGACAAAGGCAGCACGGCACUGCAUGUGGCUGCGCGAAGUGGCCAGGCCUGCCAGGUGGAGCUGCUGCUGGUGUACGGGGCCGACCCGACUGCCAGGGACUCGCAGGGCAUGACGCCCGCUGACUGUGCCAGGGAAGCUGGCCAUGCUGACCUCGAGGCACGCCUCAUAGAGAGCCAGUAUGAGGUUACUGACCGACUGGCCCACCACCUCAGUGGUCGAAACCCAGAGCACCACCUGGGGCAGCACUUCAUCCUGCCUGAGAUGGCUGACUGCCUGGACUUGUCAGCACAUGCGCGGGCAGCCAAGUACAAGCUCCAGUCGUUGCCGGAGCGGCUAUUUGUGGAGCUUGCACGAGACCUGUAUGAUGAGGUGGACCGGCGAGAGUGCGAGGCUGUGUGGCUCGGGGGUGGGGCCAGCCUGGUUGGGGCCGACCGACAGGCUGUGCCCUUUUUGCCUGUCAGUCCCGAGCUGUCCUCCACCAGAAACCAGGCACGCCAGAAACUUGCGCGGCUGACUGCUAGGGAGUUUGCCACCCUGCUCAUUGACGUCCUGUCGGAGGCCAAGCGACGACACCUGGGUGCCAAGCAGUCUGGCUGGGAGGAGCAUCGGCUAAGUGAUGACGAACCGCUAUACGACAGUGUUGCAUCCGAUGAAGACAACAAUGCUGGCAAGCAGCUGUGGCAGCGAGUCAGUGAGCUGCAGCGAGAGCAUGCGGCCAUGCGGCUGGACCUGGAGGCUGUGCAGGCCACGCUGGUGGCCAUGGCCCGGCAGCCAUUAUCACCCCAAGGUACGUCAUCCCCUCAGGCACUGCGCAGCCCAAGGCCACAGUCAAUGUGUGAGUGGCGCCACCUGACUGGAGCCACAGGAACACCAAGGACAGGUGUCCAUGAACUUCCAUGUCGACACAUGGUGGCCAGUCCUUCACAUGGUGAACAUGAAGGCGAUGGAACAUUUUGCUCUCUGCCGACCUACCAGGAAGUGCUGGCCCAGACGGAGAACAUCACUCGCUGCAUCCACAAGUUGCUGGCAUGUGCGCAAGGCGGAAAUCGCGAUGCCUUUCUGCCCUGCACGCAGAACAUUUUGCAGGCAGUGCUGGGCAUGGGUUCCCUGUUUGGUGGUGGGCAGCAGCCCCCAGGUGGUGCAGUGAGCGGUGCCCUUGCUCGUCUGGUGGGCAGUGCGCAGCAGCUGGAACGGUGGGCAUCCAACGGCCUUGAAGGUGGCCAACUCAUCCAGGGGGCCUACGAGGUGGCCAAGGGGGCCAAGGAGCUUGUCCAGGCGUAUCCUGCCACACCUCCACCUUGAAGCCCUAGGGGGGGGGGCCAAACCAAGCCCCCUUCCCCUUGAAACUUCUGCAUACUAGAAUACCUGGCAUUAAACAAUGUGCACCAA